UUUGUCUGAUACCUGCACCUGGGUGAGUUCUCUAAAUAGUCUGCAUUAGUGUAAAAAGUUUAUGUUUGUCGUUGAUGUGCAGUAAACCGUUUAAUAAUAAUAAAAGUGACUAGUGUGUGAUCUUAAAUAAGGUGAUAUAUUUUAGAAAAAGACGAAAAUUAGUGAUACUCAACGGUUGUGUAUACACAUUCAAGCAGCUAUGGGUGACAUGAAGUAUUAAAAAACAAUUUUUGAUAAGUUUCUCCCACUUUGCAGUAAUAUUCGUUAAAACUGGGGCAUAAGGAUUCAAGUGGCACCAAGAUGGUGGACUACUACAGAGUCCUCGAGGUGUCAAAAAGUGCCACAACUGCAGAAAUUAAAAAAGCAUAUCGCAAAUUAGCUUUAAAAUGGCAUCCAGACAAAAAUCCGGACAAUAUGGACGAGGCAACAAAACGAUUCAAGGAAAUAUCUGAGGCUUAUGAAGUACUUUCUGAUGAUACAAAAAGAAAAAUAUACGACAAUCGAUGUAACAGGAGCAGUUCCGCAAGGUCGACGAGGUCCCACAGAAGUUACUUUGACAGUCACAAUCCCUUCUCACAGCGCUUUUUCGAUAAGAAAAAACGCAUGUAUGAUCAGUAUGGUAAAGAAGGUCUAUUAAAUGGAAAUAGCAGACGAAGAAGAGAUGAAGAUGAUUUUGAUCUUGGUGGUUUUGGAUUCUUUACCUUUAGGGAUCCAGAAGACGUAUUCAGAGAAUUCUUUGGUGCUUCUGUAUUUGAUCUCUUGAGUGAUUUGCAUCCCAGGGAUCGUAGAAGGAACAGACAUUCUCAUCCACAGAAUGCCCUAAGCACCACUUCAUUAUUUAGUCCAUUUGGUCUUUCAAUCGGUGGCAGCUUAAUGGAUGAUUUUUUCAGUACAGGUCAUGGAGGUUUCACGUCAUUUAGCACCAUAAACAAUUCGUUUAAUACCGCUUCACCUAGCAACGCUAAUAUAAAAAGAACAUCUACUUCAACAAGGUUCGUCAAUGGAAGGAAGAUUACUACAAAGAAGGUAUAUGAAAAUGGGAAGGAAACAGUGAUGACGUAUGAAAAUGAUGUUCUAAAAUCCAAGACUGUGAACGGGAUUCCUCAAAGCCUAACCUAUAGUUAAUUACCUCAAUUUCUAAUAUUUCUCACUACCAUUAGCCUAAUUAAUUGUAGCACAUACCCUAUUCAAAAAAUUUAAUAAUAAAUGUGAUUUGAUGUACUGUUUUACUAUUUGAAAUGGUCAGUAACCAGAUAAUCUUUUUCAGUAUAUAAGUACUCCAAAAUGAAUGUGAAUUUAUAUAUUUUAGCACCAGGAUCGAUGAAUAGCAAUUAGAUGUGAUUUGUACAGUUGAAAUUUUGUUAAUUUUUUAUUUUUUCAUAAUUAUGCUAUUUGGUUGUUUUGGUUCAGUUAUCAUUUAAGAGAACAGUUUUUGUGUCAAUAGACAGGUUGGAAAUUCAAUAAAGAGAAAAUAACAUA